AUGGCUUCCCGGCAGCACGCGGUGGCCUGGGUGGACCGCUACGGGGAGGCCUGGCGCACGCAGAGCGUGGAGGCGAUCUUGGCGCUCUUCACCGAGGAGGCAGUCUACGUGGAGAGGCCCUACGACGAGACGGGCAUCUACCACGGUCACGAGGGGAUCAAGAACUACUGGCUGGAGCACAUCCAGGUCAGGGAGCGCAACAUCAACUUCCAGAACAUCAGUGAGGACCUGGUCUGGGACGAAAGCAGCUGCACCUCCUUCGCCAAGUGGGAGGCUCGCUUCGAGGUGCGCCAAACUUCGGAGAAGCCCUGGAAGCCUGUUCGGUUCCUGCAAGUGGCCAAGCUCCGCUUUGCCCCCGACGGCCGGGUGCAGCACUUCGAGGAGUACUGGCACGGCAGGUCCUUGCAGGCGGCCAAGGGCCUGCGCGCCCCGCAGGCGCGGCGCCGGCGCUGCGGCCCCAAGCGACGGCCCAAGGUGUCGGCACCCUUCUGGCGCCGUCUCUUCGGCGCGGACCUGGGGCCCUUCGAGCAGGAGGCCAUGCGCCUCACCCUGCGAAAGGGAACGCCCGAAAGGGCUGCCCUUCCGGGUGCGGAUGCCUUGGAGCAGGUGCCCGUGGUGUGCAACGCGCUUGCAAAGCUCUCGGCUUCCCCGAAGACAGACCUCGUCGCUUGGUACCGGCGCCUGGUGACGGCUUCCGACUUGGCGGAGGACAGCGACGUCACCGGCGCCCCGACGCUGCGGCCCUGGGGCGCCUUCCUUUGGGAGGAGCUGCGCGGCGCCCUCGCGGAAGGCCUCGCGGAGCUCAGGGCGCAGCCUUUCGCCCUCCCCGUGCUGGGCCACGCAGAGCCGCCCGCGGGGCAAGAGGCGCCAAGUCUGGAAGCGCGGGCCGCUGGCGAGCCACUCCUCUACAAGGCCAUGGCCAAGUGGAUCAGCUCCGCCCGGGACCUGCCGCUGAUUCUGUCCCGCGGAGUGGCGGCCGUGACCUCGGAGCCGCCCAAGCGCCCGCUGGCCUUCCUCAGAGCCCGGGAGCUGCACGUCCAGGAGGGCCACGCGGCCCACUCCUCGGAGGAGGAGGCGGAGAAGUUUCUGCAGCAGGUGCUGGCGGUGUAUCUGCGCCUUUGCCGAGAACUCUUAGCGCUGGACGUCUACGUCGAGGAAAGGGUGGCCGGCGCACGGGUGGUCCUCGCGAAGAUCCCCGGAGGAGCGUUGGAGGUUGCGGCCGUGCAACAUCUGGGCACCACGGCCGCCGAGGACUUCAAGAUGAGGUUCUGCACUGCAGAUGCCGAAGGAGCCGCGGUGAAUCGAGCCUGUUGGCUGAGCAGCUUCUCUGCCACGCAGCGCCUCAUCGCCGCCGCGCUGCUGCGGCACUCGGACCACCUGGGAGCCGCGCUGCCGCCGCGCCUGGCGCCGCUGCAGGUGGUCAUCAUCCCAAUGACGCGCUUCGAAGACCGCAAGCAGGAAGAGGCGGCCAGGCGCUGUGUGCAGCAGAUCCAGGCUUGGUGUGAGGCCCUCGCGGCCCAGCUGUCGGCGCCGGCCGCCUUUCGGGGCGAAGGCGGCGAAACCGACGCCGAGCUGCCGGCCUGGGCGCGGCAGGGCUUGCGAGUGCAGGCGGACCUCGAGGACGCCACUCCCGGCAAGCGCAUCCGGCGCUGGAUCUGCCGAGGCGUGCCGCUGCUGCUGACCGCCCAGCUGGCGGAAGGUUCUGAUGACCGCGCCCGCGUACGGAUGACGGCGAGAGACAUGCCAGGCCUCGACUGCCACACCGCCGCCGCCUGUGGCGGGGAGGACGCGGUGACCGCCGCGCGCGCGGCGCGGCGCCAGCUGGCAGCGCUGCAGCGGCGCCUAGGAACGCGAGGAACCGAGUAG